GAUGAGGAUGGAUGGAAGAGGUUCUGCUUGGGUGAGAAUGUUUGUCUUGACAUCCAGCUGAAAGAAGAAGAUAAAGUUAACCCGGGUCUUGAUUAUGUCAAGACUGGUUUCCCACCUUUCCUAAGCAUUGUCAGCAAACUAAACCAGUCAACUAUCUCUGCUGUGCUUGAGUAUUUAAUCAAUUGGUUUGAAGAGAGAGACUUUGUACCACAGUUGGGCAGAUGGCUUUAUGCUUUACUAGCGUGCCUUGAGAAACCGCUGCUUCCUGAAGCACAUUCCCUUAUCAGACAGUUGGCACGACGGUGCUCUGCAGUGCGUGCCAAUCUG